AUGACAGAAGUUGCUUUGAACAAAGAAUCGGACGGUAUCAAACAUUACUACAUUGCAAAGCUGGGCGAUAUUCAGCAUGCUGUUAACGAAAAAUCACACAACCUUCGUCGUUUGGAAGCACAACGAAACGAGCUGAACGCUAAGGUGCGAAUGCUCAAAGAGGAAAUUAGCAUGCUGCAUGAGCAGGGUUCUUACGUAGGUGAGGUCGUUCGGGCGAUGGACAAAAAGAAAGUUCUUGUUAAGGUUCAUCCUGAAGGUAAAUACGUGGUGGACAUUGACAAAAACAUCGAUAUCACGCAGGUGACACCGAACUGCCGAGUUGCCUUGCGCGCCGACAGCUACGUGCUGCACAAGAUCCUUCCGAAUAAGGCAAGUGCUAAUUUUCUUCCAAUUUGCCGGAGAAUUUUAUUUUUAUGGUUGAUUCAGGUCGAUCCAUUGGUCAGCUUGAUGAUGGUCGAAAAAGUACCAGACUCGACGUAUGAAAUGGUCGGCGGCUUGGACAAGCAGAUCAAGGAAAUUAGAGAGGUGAUUGAGCUGCCCGUCAAACAUCCGGAGUUGUUCGAGGCACUCGGUAUAGCACAGCCAAAAGGUGUUCUCCUGUAUGGACUUCCGGGUACAGGAAAAACGUUGCUGGCGCGUGCUGUCGCCCAUCACACCGAGUGCACCUUUAUUCGGGUGAGUGGCUCGGAACUUGUGCAGAAAUUCAUCGGUGAGGGAGCGAGGAUGGUCCGUGAGCUGUUCGUAAUGGCCAGGGAACAUGCGCCUUCGAUUAUUUUCAUGGACGAAAUCGACUCGAUCGGCUCUGCGAGGGUGGAAGCGAAUUCUGGAGGUAAUUUCACUCAAACUUGGUAGCU